AAGUCUUAAACCAAAAGAAAGACCAGCAGAGCCAACUAACCCAAAGGAAAACAAAAUCCCUUCUCUUCUCCGUCGUGGUGCUGAGUGGUGACUCUCUGACUCUCUUUUUUUCUUUCCCCAUAACCAAGUCCUUAGGGUUUGCAAAAGGAAGGGAGAGAGAUGGCUGGUGAAGAGGAAGUUGUAUCUGUUGAGCUACCUGCACCUUCUUCUUGGAAGAAAUUGUUUUAUCCCAACAAAGCGGGGACAGUGAAGAAGACGGAGAUUGUGUUUGUUGCUCCAACGGGUGAGGAGAUCAGUAACAGAAAGCAGCUGGAGCAGUAUCUCAAAUCUCACCCUGGAAACCCUGCGAUCACAGACUUUGAUUGGACGACUAGUGGGACACCUAGGAGAUCUGCAAGAAUCAGUGAGAAGACUAAGGCAACGCCUUCACCAGAUAAAGAGCCACCAAAGAAGCGAGGUAGAACCAAAUCUUCAGGGUCAAAGAAAGAUACAGAAGCUGACAAAUCAGAGGAAGGAGGAGAGGAAAAAUCUCAUGUGCAAGAAGAUACUGAAGUGAAUCCUUCAGAGGGUAACGUUGAGAAUAAGAAUGUAACUGUUAAGAAUGGCUCUGGUGAAACAGAGAAAUUGAAUGAAGCAAAAGACGACAUGGUUGUUGAGGAAACUCCAAAUGCAGCUCCAGUUCAAGAAGCAGGUGAGUCAACGAAGGAGAAAGCACUGGAUAUAGUUGAUGAAAGUGGUAAGGAAAGAGUGGAGUCUCAGACUGACAAAGUUGAAGAGACUGGCGUAACCGAAAAGAACUCAAUUGAAACAGAGAAUAACACCUUUGAAGCUAGUAUUGGUGAAGAGAAGAAGGAAACUGCAGGAGAAGGAGCACCUGAUUCUGAAGCCAAGACCAUAAACCAUGAGGGAAAUGGGCUGACAACAGAAGUUGAGGGAAAAGAGAUAACGACAGAAGCAGAAGCUAAAGCUAAUGAAUAGCCCUGCACUGCUCUGCUUCUGGUAACUCAUGAACUGUAAGUCAGUUGUUUCUAUGAAUCUAUUUGAAAGUAUUUUGAUUUUUUUGUUAAUUAAUCAGAGCAUUAUCCCGGUGAAAGAUGUUGUUAAGCUGAGAUAUGUAUUAAUGAGAUGAUUGCAGUAAUAUGUGCAAGUGAUGCUAGGCUAAAAGAUUAUGUAGAGAAGGAUAUUAUUUGCCCUUCUGUAAAACAGAACCAUUGCAACCAGUAUGACUAUGUGUUGGUGUUUAUCUUACUUCUGGAA